AUGGCGUCGGGCAGCCGCGCCACGCCCACGCGCUCCCCCUCCUCCGCGCGACCCGAGGCGCCGCGUCACGCCCACCACCACCACCACCACCACUCGCAGUCGUCGGGCGGGAGCACGUCCCGCGCGGGCGGGGGAGGGGGAGGAGGAGGUGGCGGGGGCGCCGCGGCCACGGCCGCGGCCACGGCCACGGCCACGGCCACGGAGUCGGUCUCCAAGGCCGUGGCGCAGUACACCCUAGACGCGCGGCUCCACGCGGUGUUCGAGCAAUCGGGCGCGUCGGGCCGCAGCUUCGACUACUCCCAGUCGCUGCGCGCGCCGCCCACGCCGUCCUCCGAGCAGCAGAUCGCCGCCUACCUCUCCCGCAUCCAGCGCGGCGGCCACAUCCAGCCCUUCGGCUGCACGCUCGCCGUCGCCGACGACUCCUCCUUCCGCCUCCUUGCCUUCUCCGAGAACGUCGCCGACCUGCUCAACCUGUCGCCGCACCACUCCGUUCCCUCGCUCGACUCCGCGGCGCCGCCCCCCGUUUCCCUGGGUGCCGACGCGCGCCUCCUCUUCUCCCCUUCGUCCGCGGUCCACCUGGAGUGCGCCUUCGCCGCGCGCGAGAUCUCGCUGCUCAACCCGCUAUGGAUCCACUCCAGGGUCUCCUCCAAGCCGUUCUACGCCAUCCUCCACCGCAUCGACGUCGGCGUCGUCAUCGACCUCGAGCCCGCCCACACCGAGGACCCCGCUCUCUCCAUCGCCGGCGCAGUCCAGUCCCAGAAACUUGCUGUCCGCGCCAUCUCCCGCCUCCAGGCGCUACCCGGCGGGGACGUCAAGCUCCUCUGCGACACAGUCGUGGAGCAUGUUCGCGAGCUCACGGGUUACGACCGUGUCAUGGUGUACAGGUUCCAUGAAGACGAGCACGGGGAAGUUGUCGCCGAGAGCCGGCGCGAUAACCUUGAGCCUUACCUCGGAUUGCAUUAUCCCGCCACAGAUAUCCCCCAGGCGUCGCGCUUCCUGUUCCGGCAGAACCGCGUGCGAAUGAUUGCCGAUUGCCAUGCCACCCCGGUGAGAGUCAUACAAGAUCCUGGGCUGUCGCAGCCGCUGUGUUUGGUAGGCUCCACGCUACGUGCUCCGCACGGGUGCCAUGCGCAGUACAUGGCGAACAUGGGGUCAAUUGCGUCGCUUGUUAUGGCAGUCAUCAUUAGCAGUGGUGGUGACGACGAGCAAACAGGUCGGGGUGGCAUCUCCUCGGCAAUGAAGUUGUGGGGGUUAGUGGUGUGCCACCAUACAUCACCACGGUGUAUCCCUUUUCCAUUGAGGUAUGCUUGCGAGUUUCUCAUGCAGGCAUUUGGGCUGCAGCUCAACAUGGAAUUGCAGCUUGCGCACCAGCUGUCAGAGAAGCACAUUUUGCGAACUCAGACGCUAUUGUGUGACAUGCUACUGCGAGAUUCACCAACUGGCAUUGUCACGCAGAGCCCCAGCAUCAUGGACCUUGUGAAGUGCGAUGGGGCUGCACUCUAUUAUCAUGGGAAGUACUAUCCAUUGGGUGUCACUCCCACUGAGUCUCAGAUUAAGGAUAUCAUCGAGUGGUUGACGGUGUGUCAUGGGGACUCAACAGGGCUCAGCACAGAUAGCCUGGCUGAUGCAGGCUACCUUGGUGCUGCUGCAUUAGGGGAUGCUGUGUGUGGAAUGGCGGUGGCUUAUAUUACACCGAGUGAUUACUUGUUUUGGUUUCGGUCACACACAGCUAAAGAGAUCAAAUGGGGUGGUGCAAAGCAUCACCCUGAGGAUAAGGAUGAUGGUCAGAGGAUGCACCCACGGUCAUCAUUCAAGGCAUUUCUUGAAGUGGUUAAAAGCAGAAGCCUACCAUGGGAGAAUGCAGAAAUGGACGCAAUACAUUCCUUGCAGCUCAUAUUGCGUGACUCCUUCAGAGAUGCUGCAGAGGGCACUAGCAACUCAAAAGCCAUUGUCAAUGGACAAGUUCAGAUUGGGGAGCUAGAAUUGCGGGGGAUAAAUGAGCUUAGCUCCGUAGCAAGAGAGAUGGUUCGGUUGAUAGAGACAGCAACAGUACCCAUAUUUGCAGUAGAUACUGAUGGAUGUAUAAAUGGGUGGAAUGCAAAAAUUGCCGAGUUGACAGGCCUCUCAGUUGAGGAGGCAAUGGGCAAAUCUCUGGUAAAUGAUCUUAUCUUCAAGGAAUCUGAGGAGAUAGUCGAAAAGCUACUCUCGCGAGCUUUAAGAGGUGAGGAAGACAAAAAUGUGGAGAUAAAGCUGAAGACAUUUGGGUCAGAGCAAUCUAAGGGAGCAAUAUUUGUUAUUGUCAAUGCUUGUUCCAGUAGAGAUUACACACAAAAUAUUGUUAGUGUCUGUUUUGUUGGACAAGAUGUCACAGGACAAAAGGUGGUCAUGGAUAAAUUUAUCAACAUACAAGGGGACUACAAAGCUAUUGUACACAAUCCUAAUCCUCUGAUACCGCCAAUUUUUGCAUCAGAUGAGAACACUUCUUGUUCAGAGUGGAACACAGCCAUGGAAAAACUUACAGGAUGGCCGAGAGGUGAAGUUGUUGGUAAGUUUCUUAUUGGAGAGGUGUUUGGAAAUUUUUGUCGACUCAAGGGCCCAGAUGCAUUGACAAAGUUCAUGGUUGUCAUUCACAAUGCUAUAGGAGGGCAGGAUUGUGAGAAGCUCCCUUUUUCGUUUUUUGACAAGAAUGGAAAGUAUGUGCAGGCCUUACUGACCGCCAACACAAGGAGCAAAAUGGAUGGCAAAUCCAUUGGCGCCUUUUGUUUCUUGCAGAUUGCAAGCGCUGAAAUACAGCAAGCCUUUGAGAUUCAGAGACAACAAGAAAAGAAGUGUUAUGCAAGGAUGAAAGAAUUGGCCUAUAUUUGCCAGGAGAUAAAGAAUCCUCUUAGUGGCAUCCGAUUUACCAACUCUCUGUUGCAAAUGACUGAUUUAAAUGAUGAUCAGAGGCAGUUCCUUGAAACUUGCUCUGCUUGUGAGAAACAGAUGUCCAAGAUUGUUAAGGACGCCAGUCUCCAAAGUAUUGAGGACGGCUCUUUGGUACUUGAGAAAAGUGAUUUUUCUCUUGGAGACGUUAUGAAUGCUGUUGUCAGCCAAGCAAUGUUAUUGUUGAGGGAGAGGGAUUUACAACUUAUUCGGGAUAUCCCUGAUGAAAUCAAGGAUGCAUCAGCAUAUGGUGAUCAAUUUAGAAUUCAACAAGUUUUGGCUGACUUCUUGCUAAGCAUGGUGCGGUCUGCUCCAUCUGAGAAUGGCUGGGUAGAAAUACAAGUCAGACCAAAUGUAAAACAGAAUUCUGACGGAACAGAUACAGAGCUUUUCAUCUUCAGGUUUGCCUGCCCUGGUGAGGGCCUCCCCGCUGACAUUGUCCAGGAUAUGUUCAGCAAUUCCCAAUGGUCAACCCAAGAAGGCGUAGGACUAAGCACAUGCAGGAAGAUCCUCAAAUUGAUGGGCGGCGAGGUCCAAUACAUCAGGGAGUCAGAGCGGAGUUUCUUCCUCAUCGUCCUCGAGCUGCCUCAGCCUCGUCCAUCAGCUGGUAGAGAAAUCAGCUGA